AUGGAUAGAGGACUAGAGGUGAGGUGGGAUGAUAUGGAAGGUAAUCGGCAUACUAGGGUGUCACCUUGGGAGAUUGAACCAUCCGGUUCGGCAUAUGGACCCAGCAGCUUUUUGGUACCUGGUACAAAGAGAACUAGGGGCAGCUUGCCGACAACAAAACCUCAUUUUCCAAUUCAAGGAGAUGGGAAUGAAGCUUCGGAUUUUGAGGAACCUUCAAGGUUCGAGGUCUUAAGUUCAAUGAUUUCUGGAGUAGGCGGAAACAUUAGGCAUCUUCAGGAAGGCUCAGAGACCCCCUCUGUAGGCACAGGGUUUGUUGAAUCGUCUCGAUUCCGUAAGGUCUUGCAAGGUCAAGAAACUCCCUCUAGCCUGCAAUAUGGAAGAUGCCCAGCUGCUAACCAAUUCCGGGAAAACAGUGGCAGUGUUCAAUUGCCAAAUUAUGGAAGUAAUUGGUCUGCUUAA